AUGGAGUCUCUCCUCCAGUCUCUACAGCUUGUAGUGCCUGGUAUUGUAGCUCGUUAUCUUCCUAUUUUUUUAUUUGGUCAUUACUUGGAAGAUGCGGUUGUAGCUGGUCUCGUGCCUGUGGUGGCAGCUAUCGUGUGCUUUUCAUUCACGUUGAAUCUAUUAAUUCUUCACUCUUCAAACCAGUCUUUAAUCAAGCACAUUACAAGCGGAAUCAUUGGGUUAAUGCUUGGCACGGCUGUUUUUCAUGUGGUUGUCGUCCUAUUUGGAGCUCCAGUUGUCGAUCUUUGGAUGCAGACAUUAUUGCUGGCAGUAUUACUUUCAAGCUGCGUGACAAUGCCCUUGGCUCUGCAUCUCGGGUGUGCACCACGCAAAUGGCUUGAUCUGCUGCUGGAACUCAGCGUGACUAAUACGCAAGAGCAUUAUCUUGUGUGCUCGUCAAUUGGUUCCAUGGUUGGCGCAUACGUUGGUGCCCUUCCUAUUCCGCUGGACUGGGAUCGGCCUUGGCAGCAAUGGCCGUUAACUUGCGUGUAUGGCACGUUGCUUGGCCAUGCUACAGGGGUUUUCAUUAGUCUUGUGAUCAGUGCCACUUCCAUGUCUUUUUCAAAGUCGGCAAAAAAAGAUUAA